AGUGUUUAACAGGACACAAAACAAAAUUACAAUUUUUUUUUCUUUUUUUCUUUUAUUCAGAUGGAGAAAUCGGUUCCCCGAAACCCGAUUACCUACCCACAAGUACUAGUUCGAACGAGGUGAUUCCGGUCCCAACGGGCUCUUUUUUAAUAAAAAAAGAGCCCAAAGGAGUUACCCCUCGCUUUCACAUUCCAUCCCUCAUUACCUCUCUCUCUCUAUAAUAAUCGGAUGCAGGGCUUCAGGGAACUGUUUCUCUCUCUUCCUCCCCAUCAUUGCGCCUCUCUCUCUCUCUCUAUGCACAUUGAGAGAAGAAAGUAAAGGAAAACAAUGGCCACAGAGAUGGAGUUGAAGUGGGUUUUGGGGAGGGGGAGGUGGUGGUGGAUGGCGGUGAUGAUACUAUUGAUGGGGAGCUCGGCACAAGAAUUGCCGGCGACAGGCCUCCUCUGCAUCAGCGACUGCGCAAGCUGUCCAGUCAUCUGCGCACCGCCACCCCCCCCUUCUCAGCAGUAUGGAGCCACCCCCACCCCACACAAGAGCCCUCCACCCAUCAUCUCCUCCUCGUCUUUCCCACCUCCUCCACCUCCCUCAUACUACUCCUCAUCUUCUGUGCCCCCUCCUCCUCCGCCUUCGAAUUACGUGAACGUCCCUUCAGUUCAGCAACCACCUCCGCCUUCGCGUGGGGGAAGUGGGUAUCCCUACCCUUACUACUUCUUCUACUCCUCCUCUUCUGGUGUUUCAGCACACCCUUUCAGUUUCCUUUCUUCCUUCUUUCUUUUGGUCUUGGCUGCUGCAUUCAUAGGGUGUUCUUCUUGGUCAUGAGAUUAUCAAACUGGUGUUUCUGUUGUUAUUUGAUUUGCUUUGUGAAUAAAAUCAAAUCCUCUCUCUCUCUUCCUUUGAGGAAUGAACAUUUGCUCUGUGAAUAAAAUCAAAUUCUCUC